AUGGCCUCCCAAUCGAAACCAGCGAAGGAGAAGCCUCUCUCGUUCAUGGAGAGCCUAUCCUCCGAGGUUCUCCUCUACCGCCCCCCGUCUUCCGAUGUAGAGGGCACCGCUGCGCCGAAGAUGAUUAUUAUCGCAACUUGGGUUAAUGCACUGGACGCUCACAUCGCCAAAUACGUCAACAGAUACAAGUCGCUGUGCCCAUCCUCCCAGAUCCUCCUGGUGAAAAGCACAAGCAGUAUUUUCUUCAAUCCUCCGCUGAUUGACAAGGCCGUCCAGCCCAUGGUUCCCAUCAUCAGAGCCUGCUUUCCUAGAGAUGCGUCCUCGGCCUCUUCCAAACCAGGCAUCCUGAUUCACAUCCUCUCAAACGGCGGCUCAUCCAGCAUUUCAGCCUUGCGCAAUGCAUACGCUUCGUCGGUGCGAGACAGCGAGGAUCCCUAUCUCCCGGAGCACGUCACCGUCUUCGAUUCGAGCCCCAGCAAUAUCACCUUCAGCGGAACGGUUUCCUUCUUCCGAGUCGGCCUCAACGGCGUGCAGCGUCUCCUAGCGAUGCCAUUCAUCUACCUGUAUAGCUUCUAUUGGGCAGCCUCGAUUGCGAUCGGAUUCAACAGGGAUUGGCUGGCAUUUUGGGGCAAGACGCACAAUGAAGCUGGGGGGGAAGUUCGCCGGACGUACAUCUACAGUGAGACUGAUAAUUUGGUUGACUACAACGCUGUCGAGGCGCAUGCAGAUGAGGCUGCGAAGAGGGGCUUCCAGGUGAAAAGAGAGAAGUUUGAUGGAUCAGCCCAUGUGUCACAUUCAAGAAAGGAUGAGGCCAGAUAUUGGGAGGCUGUGCAGAAGACCUGGGAGGGUUACUGA